AUGGGCCAUAUUGUUCACCCAAAACGGAAAACAAAGGCAAUACAUAACAUUUUACUCCACGAACGUCGUCGACUCUCAGCGCGACAGAUGCUUAGUGCUUGCAUAAUGACCGGAAUGCCAUAUACAAAAGGUGCUCGCUUUCUUUCUCUUUGUGGAACUAAGCCCCCUGUGAAGAGUGGUGUCAUGAGACAACAGAGAUUUUGUGACGAUAAGAUUAGAAGACUUAAAAGUAUUUCCCUAAUGCUGUCGAGAAAGUCCUUCAGUGGUUACUUAUCCAUUGAUGCAAGAUGGACGCACAGGCGAAACUCGCCAAGUUGUACAGUAACUGCGCUCGAAGUUAGUAUACAUAUCAUGGGUACGGAGGCACUGCGCGCCUCCUUACCCAUUAUAUGUGAAUUUGACACUUUACGAAACCGUUAA